CCCAGGCAGACGGAAGGUACCAUUCAGCUGUCGUUACGGGGGUGGGGGAGGCAGGAUGUGACCUAGAAGCAGCAGAGGCUUGUGGGUACGACGAGUCUACUAAUGAACUUAUUAACGACGAGCUUGGCAUCGCUUAUCCUGUAGUGGAUGGCAUACCCAAUAUGAUUCCUCAGGAUGCAAGGAUGAUUCACAAAGAGAAGGAGCCUGACCACACACAACAGUAGCCUGCCAACCUUGGAGAUGUUUCUGUCUCUCCCCACGCUGACUGUGCUCGUGCCUCUCGUGUCGCUGUGUGGAAUCUUUUAUUCGGCCUCUGUGGAUGAGGACUUCCCCCAGGGAUGUACCAGCACGGCGAGCGUGUGCUUCUACAGUCUGCUGCUGCCCAUCACUCUGCCCGUCUACGUGUUUUUUCAUCUCUGGACGUGGAUGGGACUCAAGCUUUUCAGACAUAAUUAAACUAGACUGUGGCAUUUCAGUGUGUGAUUUGCAGGUAUCACUGGGAGCAUCUCACACCUGUGAUUUAUCUUCUUCUCUAAUAAAUACAUAUUGAAAAAAUGA